AUGCUUCCUCCCCCUCUACCCCAGAAUACCAGCCUGCCGAGCUCCCCUCGACCGACACAGGCCGCCAUGAUGGACAAUACCGGGGUCGGGAUCGGGCCAGGGCCCAUCCGUCAUCCCAGACCUCUGACAGCAGCCGAACUACACCUGGAGCUGGAAAAGGAGCAAGAGAGCAUUGUGAAUCGCCUGACGCGCGAACUCUCGGCCCUCCGAGCUCAAACCGCCUCGGUCGCGUCCACUACAUCCUCGACUUCCGACCAUUUCUUUUCCGCCGACCCCUACGGCACAAACACCAGCGGCAACGCCGUCAUCCCGACGACGACCCGGCGCCACCGCUCCUCGUCGAACCUCUCGACCCGCUCCGCACGCUCGAUCCGAGAAAGCCUGGUUAAUGCGGCCGCGAACACGAGCGUCUCCGGCGUGGCCGCACCGCGAGACCAGUCCGUGCAGGCGAGUGCCCGACCCAGCAUGGAAAUGUCCCGGCCCGACGUGAGCAGGCAAAACUCGAUCUCGGCGUCGGGCUUCCGCUCCGGCUCCAUAACGUCCUCGCCGCACCUGUCGCAGGGGACGACGUACGCGUACCCGCAUCGCAGCUCGGUGUCCUCCUCCAACGUGGAUGCCUCCUCAGCGGCGGCGCCGCCACAUGCUGCCAUGACGAGGAGUCCCAGCUCGAAUGCGGCCCUGGCGCAAGCGAGAUACGAAGAAGCAGCAUUACAGCGAGCGGAGCUCGAUGCGGUGAAGAGGGAGAAUGAGGCAUUGAGGGCCCGCGUCAAGGAUCUGGAGAAGAGUCUACAGAGGGCGAAUGAGGCGGCCAUGGCCACGGCCACGGGGACGCCGACGUCGACGUCGACUGCUCCCUGA